AUGCCAGAAUGUAUUUUCUGUGAAGGGAAUAAAAAUGAAAAUAUAAAAUAUUUUAUGCAAGCAAUAAAUUCAAAGGACGUGGCUGCCGUUAUGGACGUAGUAUCAUACGAGUACAUAUCGGCAGAAGAUGCAAAAUCCAUCUGUAAAGAGUUCUCAAGCACAAAUACAAUGCUCUCAGAUGAAGCCAUCUUUUUUUUAAAGAAGUUCUACACCUCAAAGGACUAA